GCGCUUAGAACAGUGCUUGGCACAUAGUAAGCGCAUAACAAAUACCAACAUUAUUAUUAUUUCUCCUUGUCCCUAAUAAAAUCUGAAAAGCUAGAGGUUUGCAACAUUUGUGUAGACCCAAUGGGCCAUAAUCUGCAAGUUGGACACUGUUAAGUUUUCCAUGGUGAAUCGGAUGCUUUUUCUCUGAAUGCCCUGAGGAUUCCCAGUCAUGUUGGAGCCGAAGUCAUUGGUUUAGAAAUCCGAGGAGAGGGAAGAAAGAGGAGAAGGAUGGAAACGAGGACCAAUGGGGGGCUGCCUUCCUAUUCCCAGGCCCAUUUUGCGGACCAAUCUAAAGCAAACCAGAUUUAACCCUUAAACACAUACCAGCUGUUUUUGCUAGGCUUUUUUUUUUUUUUAAAGUUGCCUAGAGUGAGGGUGCCACGUCUGCUAGUUGGGAGAUUUAUGAGAGCUCCUAAAGCAGGCUCUCCGCCUAGCGCUUAAAUUCCACUACUUUCUAUUUGAAUUCAGUUUGGUUUGUAGAAAGCUCUUUCCUGCUCGAGCAAGAUGAAACUCCUCCUGUGGAACUCCUUACUCUCUCUGUUAGUGGCCUCUGUGAAUGGAGCUCUUAUUCCUGAACCAGAAGUGAAAAUCGAAGUACUUCAGAAACCUUUCAUCUGCCAGAGGAAGACCAAAGGGGGAGAUAUGAUGUUGGUUCAUUAUGAAGGAUAUUUAGAGAAGGAUGGGUCAUUAUUUCAUUCCACCCACAAGCACAAUAAUGGCCAGCCCAUUUGGUUUACCCUUGGCAUCCUGGAAGCUCUGAAAGGUUGGGACAGAGGCCUGAAGGGAAUGUGCGUGGGAGAGAAGAGGAAGCUCACAAUUCCACCAGCUCUUGGUUAUGGAAAAGAAGGGAAAGGUAAAAUUCCUCCUGAAAGCACAUUGAUAUUCAACAUUGAUCUUCUGGAGAUUCGUAAUGGACCAAGAUCCCAUGAGUCAUUCCAAGAGAUGGAUCUCAAUGAUGAUUGGAAACUUUCUAAAGAUGAGGUGAAAGUAUACUUGAAGCUGGAGUUUGAAAAGCAUGGAGCUGUGGUAAAUGAGAGUCAUCAUGAUGUUUUGGUAGAAGACAUCUUUGAUAAAGAAGAUGAGGAUAAGGAUGGAUUUAUAUCAGCAAGAGAGUUUACGUAUAAACAUGAUGAGCUGUAGAAAAAUAUCUUCAUUUGACAUAGUCCUGAGAUGGGAACUGUUUUUAUAAAAGUUUUGCAACACUGUUGAUUUUGAAUUUAGAAUUGGUAUUUGCUGAUAGUAAAGGACCGAUCUCUUGUGGUGGGUUUUUUAAUUUAAUGUUUCUAAAACUGUUUUUAUUGGAUUUCCAAAAUGUAUUUUUUUCUUUUGAGGUACUUCAGUAGACUUCAUUCUUUCUUUGAGCAGAAAUCUAACUCUCAGGAUUUAAAAAUAAUUGGCACACAUUGUCCUUUUCAUGUAAAGUUUUACAUUUUAUAAACUUACCCUUUGAAAAUUAUGUAGGUAUGACUCUGAUACAGUAAUGCACCUAGUUAAAUUACAGAUACAGUCCAGUACUUCUGCACUCUGGUUCUUAUGUUUCUGGUAUAUUUUAAAAUGUUUUUUAUGCCAUUUUCAUGUUAUAAUGAAAUCAUGUAGUUUUUGUUUCCUUUGUGAAUCUGAGGACCCCAGGAAAAUGAUUGUCAAUGCUUGGUUUAUUUAAGGAAAACAUGCAGUGCUAGCAUGGUCUAAUUAUGUAUGAUAAAUGAUAAAAGUUUGUGAAUAUGAAA